AUGGAGCAUCUGUGUCCAAACGCGUCGCGCUGCGUCACAGCUCUCCAAAGCUCGGCACGGACGAUGUGGUUCACCGGCGUGGCCAUCGCUUCUGUUUAUGGUUUUAUCAGCGUGUUUGGACUUAUAGGCAACAUCACACUCAUCAAGACGUUUUGUUCUGCCAAAUCCAUCCGUAAUGUGCCAAAUCUGUUCAUGUCGAGCCUUGCUCUGGGGGACGUUUUGCUUCUGGUGACCUGCGCUCCGGUGGACGCCAGCCGCUAUCUGUCUGAAGAGUGGCUUUUCGGGAGAGUGGGCUGCAAAGUCAUACCCUAUAUUCAGCUCACUUCAGUCGGGGUGUCAGUGUUCACUCUCACAGCUCUCUCUGCUGACAGGUAUGAUACAGAUUUAAUUAUAACGACUAAAUUAUCCGCCUUCUAUUUUUAAAACUCUAAAAGUGAUACUUCCUUCAUCCUUAAGACGCAGACACAUGAUUUUGUCAUUAAAAAAUAAGUUAAAGACCACAUGCUUUGUAAAAACUCUAUUUUCACUUAAUGGAAAACAAAUAUUUAAGAGUAUGGAUCAGGACUGCUUUACGCAGAGCAGUGAGCUUCUGUUUAAUGUAACAGACUGGAUUCAAAACCAUAAAUGCAAUCUGUUGCUUCUGAGUCAUCGAUAUAAAACAUCAUUAAGAAAUAUUUACUUGUGCUGUCAAACACCAUCGAGGUGGCAUUUCCCUGCAGCUGCACGGCAAACAGAAGAAUAUCUAUUUAAGUCUUUCUAUAAUGCAUGAUCUCUUUGAGCUUCAUCAGCCAGUGAGUUUGUGUUCACUCAAAAACAUGUAUCAGGAUUCUCAUUUUAACAAAACUGGUGCCUGACAUAAAACCCACAUUAAGGAAUCUGAAUUAUUGUUAGCUUUUGCACAAACAUGAUCACACUUACAGCACAAAUGGUUUCAACAUCAAGUAUAAUGUUGUGAAUUGUAUGGUUAUGUUGCUGAUACUCAUCUUAAAUUUACAGGGAACAUUUGAUGUAAAUUUGCACGGUUAAUGUGUUUGAGUGCAGCUGUUCAGAGGGAAUUUCUGCUGAACCUGUGCCCAUUAGUUAAAGCAAGCUGAAUUUAUCGUUUAUUUCCAUAUGUGUUUUGUGGUGUUUUCAUUUCACAUUUGGUACCAUUUGGGAUAAUUUAAGGCUACAAGUAGUGGAUAGAUAAAUUUGCACACCUGGGGGGAUAGCUGAGCUGACAGACAAGUGUGCAUCAGGAGGGAGAAAGCCAUCCUCAAUUCCACCUUUUUCUUCUUUUUGGGUUCAUGGAAAGUUAAGUUGAGUAAGCAUUUCCCUGGAUCAGAGCCAUCAGGUGACAUACAGCAUCUGAGUAAAAAAACAUAAUUGGAUAGUUGAUGGGUGAAAUGAAAACUGCUGCACAAAGUGACAACAAGAAAAGUGUGAAAACAAAGGGAUGUCAAUUAAAAGUGUAACUGAUGGGGACUGUGUUGGAAGUUGCAGACAAUGCAAGUGUCAGUGGGGAGUCCAGAAAGAUCCCACCAGUCCACUAACGUCAAAUCAGUGAGUUAAGCUGCUUGAUGGUCACUGGCAGGAGUGAUCUUCUGUGAUGCAUGGUGGAUGGAUCAGCCUGUGGGUACAAGUCUUUGUUGAAGAAGCUUUUCCUUUUAAUCAGCUCAUCUUUGGUGAGAGAGAAGUUGACAAACACAGUUUAGGAUGCUGUUCAACACAGAAAGCAGCCUUUCCUCUGCCAUCCCUUCAUAGGGGCUCAACUUCCACUUGAAUCAAUAAGCUGUUUUUUGUUACCUUGGGAUAGGAGCUGUUCUUCCCCUUGUUUUCACUCUAUCUUGGCCAGCUGCUGGCUCUAGUUUAUGUUUAUUUAUAGCAGCUUACAGCUGUUUCCUUGUCAUGAAGGGUCUCAGUCAGUUGGAAAAAACAUUAGCUUCUAUUUCUCUGAGGGAGCACUUAAGUCAGAAGCAACAUCCAUGGAUUCAAGGGUUAGUGGUUAUUGACAUUUACUGAUCCUGCUGGUAACAAAGCUCGCUGAUAACUGCAGCAGUCUCCUUUAUGGAUGAAGGAAUGUGAAUGUGUUGUUGGUAUUUUUCUUUUACUUUCAAGAGCUGAAGGUUAAAACUGAAAACUAUUUGUUGUACUGCUGCAGCUGACAAUAACUGCUUCUUUUGUCAAUCACUGUGGGUUUUUCUGACAGGUGUAACAGAAACAGAAAGUUUGUUUCAGCUUAACUUGCAGCUUUUUUAUUUUAUUUUUUUAGAUGUUUUGGGAUUCAGUGUUUCUUAGACUCCAAAAAUAACCCCUGCAGUCUAAAGUGCAUCUUUAAAAAUGAGAAUAUAUAAAAUGCAAGAUGUUGAAAAUGCAAAUUUUCAUAUAUUUUAUAUGUAUUGGAUGUAAAGUGAAAUAUUUCAAACCUUUUAUUGGUUUAAUUUGGAGCAUUUUAGCUUAUGAUAAUCAGAAAAUACGCCACAGUUAUGUUGAAUUACCACCAAUUUAUUAAUUAUUACUCAUAUGGCAUGAAGAUGAUCAGCCUGUGGUACUGCUGAGGUCUUACUGAACCCUGGGUUCUCUGUAUUUUUAGACUGAAUGUUUUUUGUCUUAUGCCUAAUACCUCAGGGAUCCUUCAUGGGUUUCGGGUCAGGUGAGUUGGUUGACCAAUUAGUGUCAAUAUCAUAGUCAGGCAUUCUUGUAGUAGGAGUUUUGGCACUGCAGGCAGGUGCCAACAAGCAUCUCUGUGAAACUUGUAAGUGGAUGGAAGGAUGAAGUGCUCUAAAAUCUCACUUCUUUGAUUUUGUGCAGAGUCAACGCACAGUGGAAAAACACCAGCAAAAAACAUUUUACCUCAAAACACCAAGACUUCACACUGGUCUUCAAAAACCUUGGAAUCUAUGCUUCUCUACUCUUCCUCCUGACUCCAAAUAAUUUCCAAAUAAAAAGCAAAAAUUACCGUACUCAAAUCUUAAAGGAAAAUUUUGGACCACAGAGUAAAAAUCCACUUUUUCUCCACAGGAUCAGACCUGAAGAUAUCUUAUUGGCUUUUGAUGCAAUAAUACCACUUCUUAUGAAGCUCUUUCAAGUUGUUGACCUGAGUUUGCUCAACAGUCCUCUGUGGUCUAACCCAUUGAUUAUGCAGCUUCUCCCGCUACACUAACCUUAAACGCAACUUUCCAUCAAUAUGCUUCGAGUCAGAGAACUCCCUGAAGAACCAGCCUUUUCAGCAAUAACCCUCUGUGACUUAACCUCCAUAUAGAAAUCAUGAUCAUCAUCAUAUGGACAAUCACAUCAAUGCAGUUCCUUAAAUGUCCACUUGAGGCGUAGUCAAGUUUUUAUUUAUUCGGAACAAGAGAUAAAUUCAUAUUUUGAGAUAUGGUUUUUAAUUUUUGAGCUGUGAGCCAUGAUUAUUGAACUAAAUGAGUAACAUUUCUCGAAACAUUUAAGUUUACACGUAAAGAGUCUAAUUUAUUUUUACUAAAUAAUAUUAAACUUUCAGUAACACUUUAUUUGACGCCUAUCUCUAUAACGCAUUAUAAAUAUAUGUAUAAUUCGUCAUAAUCAUGUUAUAGCACCGUAUAACUAUAGUUAUAGACACUCAUAAAUGAACAUAAUGCUUUAUAGCAAUAAUCAUAACACAUUAUAAAGCAUUUUAUCAUGACUUACAAGGUCAGGUAUUAUAAUGUGUUAUAACUGUUAACAACUCACUGACAAUGCCCACAUAGAUAAAGCAAUGCAACUGUUGAACAGUUAUAACACAUUAUAAUACCUGACCCUGUAAGUCAUGAUAAAUGCUUUAUAAUAUGUUAUAAUUAUUGCUAUAAAGCAUUAUGAUCAUUUAUGAGUGUUUAUAACUCAUAAUACAUAUAUUUAUGAGGCGUUAUAGAGACAGGCGUCAAAUAAAGUGUUACCAAACUUUUUUUUCCCCAAUACUCUUGGAUGCACCUCUAUUUCCUUCAUAAUAACUCUUUUGAAAGAAAAUUUAAAUCACCCAAGCUUUAGUUUUAUUAACUUUUUAAUUAUUGCCACUCAUACGAACAAAACAUUCUUGUAUUUUUCUGUAGAAGUUGCCAAAUUACGGUCUGCUUCACAUUUUGAAAUAAUGGGAGAAGGCAAAGCAACCUUUGGGCUCUGAGACUAAACGUAUUCAGUUGGAAAACAUUCUCCGUGUAAUCAAUACUUUUAAUGAGAGCUUAAAGAUGCCCAACACGGUGGAGAGUGUCGAUGCAUCAGAGCACUCAUGCUCAGUGAACAGUGAGUGCUAAUGUACUGGCAAACACCUCCUAGUCUUGUGUCCAUCAGUUGCACACAUACUCCAAAUGUUCAGUGUUCAGCUGUGGUUUUCUUCUCAAGAUGGCAGCAUGCUAAGCAGGAUCACAGAGAAAAGAAAGGUCAGUACUCAAAUUUAAGAAGAAAAAAAAGAUCAUGCUGCUGUAUGUCACUAACAUGAAAUUAUUCCCCCGAAUAAGAACAGCAGCUUGACCCUGUCUUUGCUUUUGCUCUUGAAAAUUGAUUACUAUGGUUAUGGGGUUCUAACUAUUCAUCAACAAAUAUUAAACAUUGUCAAGUAAUUAGCAAGAAUGGCGGAAAGGUUAAAUGAUAGUGGACCUAUAACUGAACCCAGAGGAUUCUCUGUCCCCCUAAUUCACUUAGACUAAUGGUCACCAGCAGAAAAUUUAAAAAAGCAAACAGAUUUCUGAUAUUUACUGAUGUAUUUUCUAGAGAUGGACAAUACUGAUUAACAGAUACUUGACAGCUUUUUUCUGGACAGAGAUAUCUCUGCAAGAUUGAGUCCUUAUCACAGGAGAAAUGAUUCAGGUUCAAUCCUGGCCCUCUUACAUAAACAUGACAAUCCCUUUCUAUGUGCCUUUCAAAUUUGAUCUAUCUGUAGGUGGCUUAUUCACAUCAAGGCUGACAUUAACCAAAAACAACUAUUUAGCGUUUUUAUGCCUAUUUUAGGGUUUAGAACUAAAAACACUAAUAGUUGAAGUCCUACGCAAUUUUUUUUACUACUGAAAGUGUUCUCAGUUGUUGUAGGAACUAAGUUGAUACUAUAAGCUGCUGAGAUGCUUGACCCAGAGUAACCUGGUUGACGAGCCGUGCUUCUGGUUCCUUAUACUACCAUGAGUUUUUGAUAAUCAGUGAAAGUCCAGACGCUGUUCCUCAGACGCAGCAAACAAAAAUGUAUUGCGAUGAACAUUACCAAAAUCCAUUUUGCAAUUAAUAUCGAGCAACACUGAACAAAGAAAAAUGCUGGCAUUUAGAGCCACAGCGGUCAAAAACUUUUUGCCCUUCUGGGUCAAACACCUACCCACAACAGUGACUAUGGCUGUGUUCCCUAACCCCCAUUUAGGCGACUAUAUGGGGGUUAGCGCCAUUUUGAGGGAUGUCUGAAACCUGAGUGAUCAAUUUUAAUGCCCCAUAUAAGGACUCAAAAUUUCCCAUAGAGCAUUGCAAAAUGUCGUGACCAUCCGAUGGUCACUCACUGGUGGUGGACAUCCCGUCAUGCAUUGCGUCUUGCCAUGUAGUGUAGUGAUUGAGUUCACUACAUAGUCAGCUAUAUAGUGAAAGCCCAUCUGGGGGGUAAGGGGUUGAGUGAUUUAUUUCGGACACAACCCUGGCUACCUUUAUUCCUGAACCCCCAGAUAACAGGACAGUGACACCUAAGGCAUACAAAGUGAACUGCAACUCAUUUUAUGGUAUCACUUUAACAUAUCUGUUUUUGGACAAAAUCAUGUUACCUGUCUUUUUCAAGGGCUCCUCUUCUGCAGAGCUCCAGUAGCUCAUUAGCAAUUCACCUCUGAGUUGUGGGCGGAGACAGCGCCGCUCUGCACCCUCCUCUUCACGCUAGCUUGUAGCCGAGCAUUGCUGGUGUAGUAGAAGUGGCAGGUGGGUCAACUCUCGGACACUAAUGUCUAAUGGAGCAUGAUGAAAGCUUGAAUGCAGAAACACUUAGAAAUGCAAUUUUGCGCUUAUUUUCUCAUGAUAUGUCCUGUAGCAUCAGAACACUGUCAUAUGAACAUGUAGACAACAAGAAAAACUUGAUUUUCAUCGGAGUGGGUCUUUCAGGAAGUUAAGUUUGUUCAGACUCAUCCCAGGGCUCAUCACAGUGGAACAGGUUCGAAUGAACGAGAAAGGAUAGACGCUAGAAAUAAGUGACCUUGAACUACAACAAGGGUCCCUUCGAUGCUGAGAAGGAGUUGAUAAAAAUUUUUGGAUUGUUCCUGCACACAAUACCAGUGGCCUUUCUAGUAGAUGUCAACCUACACACACAAGGUUUGAUAAUGCCUGGAACCGUGGCAGGGAAGAAUUAUUCACAUAUUUGACAUUUAGACACAAUCACUGCUAUAAGGGAACUGCUGAAAGAUGAUGUUCAGGCAUAAAAAUAUAUUUCCAUCUCGUGCAGUUAAGUUUGGAGGACAUGUGCGUUCACCUUGAAUAAUGAACAACCAAUCAGCAUCAUCAGAACAUUUCUUUGUGGUUCAAGGCAAUAAUUUUAAUUGAACAAAGCAUCAAAGAAAUGGUCCUUGAGCUGAGUGUCACUGUCAAACAGUAUUACUUAAAUGCUUCGCUAAAACAAUAAACCGCUGCCUUCAACACAGACAAGAUGCAUCUUUUACUCCUUUAGCCUAUGUAACUGUAACAGGUCCCAUGAGGACACAAGGUCCCCACACAAAACAGGAGAAAGGAUGAGACCGGCAGCAGUGCUUCUUUUCAGUGCAGCUUCACCCUGCAGAAUUUAUGCAUUCACGUGCAAAUUAAUGCUUUUUUCCAAACUGUUUCUUUGCUCUGUAUAGGCUACUUCAGCUUUGUUUCAGUCAUACGAAAUUCUGAAUAUCACAAAAAACCAACAGAGAAAGAACUCUGUACUUAUCUUAAAAAUAAAACACAUAUCUCAUUCAAACACCUCUUUCAAUGUUUUUAAAUUGCUCAAAGAAAUCCUUUUACCCUUUAAACAAUCAUUAAGUUGAAAACUAACCCGAGGUAAGCCACUACUAUUUCUUGAAGUGCGUAUAAUGUUGAAUGAACUGAGCUAAAAAUGAACCAGGGCUCUUAUUUUGAAAUCAACAGGAAGAAGUUAAAAUCGGUGGCGACAUCUUAGCCCACAGUCACAACAGCCUGUAAAUACAGUCAUAGCUUAUCCACAGACUCUUAUUUCUUUACAACCUUUCACUAUCAGUAAACUGUGUUUUUAUUAUUAAAAAACAUGUUUUUAGGGCUUAUUAAUCAGCUUCAGAAGAAAAGACAGUCAGCUAACAAAAGGGAGAUCCACAGCGCCACACUGCCCCCUGCUGGCCAGGUGCACAGGUAUUUUUAUACUGAGACUUUUCAGGAAUAAAUAGUGUUUUUAUCAGCCGUCACGGCCCAUGUUACUCUGUAAUUUCUACAUAAACAUCAUUACAAAAACAAAACACACAGACAAGCAACACAAGAUGCAUCUAUACAUUUUCUGUAUGUCACAAAACCACAACAGCUGUAUGUCUACUUCACUGCAGCUAGCUGCCUCAACAAACCCCAUCACUGUGUGUUUUAUUUAGGGUAAUAAGAACAGGGGUGUUUUUCUGUUUAUGCCACUAUCAAUUAUUUGAGUAGAAACAGAAAAAGUAGCUGCUGGUCAGUCAUAAAGUUAGCUCCUCACAGCAGCAGCUCACUGUGGCAGGAUGGCAGCUGUAGCUAGCUGGCUAGUAACUAUACUAAUCUGUCUCAUAUCACAGUAAAAUCUCCACAAACUCACCCAGGACUUAUCUCAACUCCAGUGGCAUUAAUUGGGGAUGCAUUUUUAGAGCAUAGGGCGACAACAGAAAAAAAUCACACGCACAAAAAGCACACAGUACGACACUAAGCAACUCACCUCAAACAUGGCACUGGCUAAGAAUUACAGCUGUGGUUCCACUUGCAACCAACAGAGGGCGACCUCUGGGUUAAAGUUUCAGGGUUUGGCUUAUUCAUUCCUCUGUAGGAAGCAGCUUGCUUUAUCCCUUUGGAGUUUAAAUAUUAUUCAAAUACAAUCCUUGAUGGACUAUUUAUCCACAGAGCUGUCUAACGCCUGUAAUAAUUGUAUGAAUUAUGUAACAAUGAAUAAUGUAAUGAUUCAUUAUUGCUGCUCUUACCUACAUCCUCUUUCAUUAGCCAUCUGUUUUCAAAAAACAUAACCACAGUUUCUGGCAAUAUUCACCUGUACAAAGGGAACAUAAAAAGGUUACACAAUGGGGACAAAUGAAAAAAUUAGGAGUAUACAUGUAGCCUAUCAUUAGCAGGGUACAAAAAAUCAAGAGUAAAUGUAGAUAUUUGCUGUUAGAAAUGAGCAACAGUAGGUUUGAGUGUUGAGAACACUGCCUGCACCAAUUAUAAAAUAAAUUACCAUUGUGUUCGAUAAGCAUCACUUCAGUGGUAACAUGGACUGUGAAAAUACAGCUUCUCAUACUGAGGUUUUCUUUCUUUCUUUCUUUCUUUCUUUCUUUCUUUAGGUACAGAGCCAUUGUGAAGCCUUUGGAGAUUCAAACAUCCAGAACCACUACCAGCAUCAUCCUGCGGGCGGCGCUCAUCUGGCUCUUCUCGCUGGUCCUGGCUAUACCCGAGGCCGUCUUCUCUGACCUCCACACCUUCAACAUCACCUCUACCAAUGAGAGCUUUGUUACCUGCGCUCCUUAUCCUCAUGCUGGAGAUCUGCACCCUAAGAUCCACUCCAUGGCCUCCUUUCUCAUUUUCUACGUCUUUCCUCUGCUGGUCAUAUCGGUGUACUACACCUUCAUCGCCCGCAGCCUGAUGAGGAGCGCCUCGAACCUGCCUGUGGAGGGGAACGCUCAUGCAAGGCAGCAGGUCAGUGUGCUCAAACUAUGAUUAACACAGUCAUAAACAGAGAUUUUGGGUGACCUGAACGCACACCCCAGUCUCACAAUAACAAAUAGUUUCUUAAAUGUUAACUAUAUAAACUUUAUAUAGUUACCAUCUGAGAAACUUUAAAAGUUCUUGACAUUUUCUGUUGAUUUGCAGCUUGAUAACACUAUCAUUUAUUAUGUGGGUUUUGUUCUUUUAUUUAUACUUUAUAAGUUCCUUCAUUCAGUGAUGAUCUUUAAUUGGGGAAAAUUUCAAAUGCAAGGUGAAUCUUGAAAACACUGAAAAACUAAAUCCCACCUUUUGAUUCAGUGAUUAAGGGCCCAAAGCAGAGCACAUAAAACUAAGAAUCAAUACAAUAAAAAAAACAGGCAAUCUUAAUUGCCUUUGUAAUCACUAUUGUCAUUAAUGUUUUAAUGUUAAUGAAUUGGUGUUAGGUACCAAGAGAUGUUUUAAAGGGAUGAUGGAAGUAACAAUAGUUUAAAAAGAACCCAGGUUAAUUAACGGCAUCAAGUUAAUUUAUAAAAACAGGAAUAAUGUUUAUUUUUAAAUGUAAACAACCAACUUAAAGGGAUAUUCCGGCGUAAAAUUAAUUUAGGGUCAAACACACCAUAACACCAAGUUAGACACCCCCUCAAGAGAUGAAUGUUGCUGACCGCUUGCUUCUCUAGUUAAACCAACUUUAGUAACGACCACACGAUAGCAAUACACAGUGGUCUGAAGAGCCAUAACUAACCUCAACCAAAAUGCCACUUUAUAGCCACAAAUAAUGCUCAGAACAGCACCUAACUUCAUCAACAGUACAUACAGGGUCCUAGCCACAGCACUAGCCACCAAACAUCUUCUUAACUUUGCCUAAUUUCUUUAGCAAAGAGACCAAACACAACUCACCUACUCUCCUCCAGCAGCCGCCUGUUUGUAGCCACACCUCGGGCCAGUCCAUUACGGAUUGCUGCGGGGGGACGCAUCUCAAGGAAGAACAUUUAUGAUCAUUUCUUCAUUACUUCAAGGAAAUGAUAAAGCAAGCGUGAUGCUGAAAAAAAAAAAAAAACACGAGUAUAAACACAAGGAGUAAGUUAAAUAACAAAGGAAGCAGCUAAGGCACUGCAGGCUCCACCGCCACUGGAGGCCUGCUCAGUUCAGCUAGCAAAGUCACACUCUCUUUUAAACAGGCCCACACAGGAUUGCUGACAGAGGAGGGAAUGAGUGAGAGACUGCAGCCCUCUCCUCCUUUAUAUAGCCUCCUACUUAUUAGCAGAUCAGCCACACCUGCCACACCUCCACUGCAGCGGAGGAACCUUCAGGGAGAGAGAGAGAGAGAGAGAGAGACAGAGAAACAGCACCCAAACACCCAGGGCAUGUAACUAUUGGUUUUAAAGUUAGAGCAGUUCAUCUGUGAACUUUAUUACCUUGAGUUCCUGUGGGGAGUCUUUAGACCAACUUAAAGAAACGCAGCUGCCUUAUGUGACACACAAAAGCAAACAAGAUUGUGAGCAGCAAUAUUGAUUCUUCGUUAAAGGUCAUUUUUAGUGAUUGCAGUCACUGCUGUGGUGUGGGCGUAUUGAUUGAACAGCCUUUGUAUAUUUUACACAGAAAAAGGUAUAGUCGAGUUCAAAAAGAAGGUAAGGGUGGGAUUUUACAUCAGAGAGCAGACUCACUUAGGAACAGGAUUAAUAUGCAGAGAAAGAACACCUAUAGCUCAGUCUACGGGGGACAUAAAAAUCAACACAGAUCCUAAUUUCCUCAUGCAACACCUCAAACUAAUUAAAACAGCAUUUACCUUUGCAGUGAUUUUACUUUCCCUAGUCUCAUGGGAAACAACGUGUUUAGGGAACAGAUGAGGAUAUCUGGGCACGCACUCUGUGAACUGUCUUGUAGAGCAAAAUAACAGCCAAUCAGAAAUAAGAGAGCCAAACAAACACAGCCAUAGUUACAAUAGCACACACAUAACAUGAAGAUAGAUGCAAGAGUUUGAAAGCUUUACAGUUUUACGAGUUGAGACACUGGUUGUUGGUGUACGGUUUCAUGCAGCGUGAUGUGUUGACCAUGUUGUUGCACUAAUCUGCACCAUAUAAGAACAAAACUGUUCAAAUUGCCAUCAGACUGAAGUGUGGUCCAAGUUCAGAUUACUCUUUUUUUUCAGCAGCAGGAGAUUUCUGCAGGCCCCUGAUUGAUAAUAUAUGACAGUGAUUGAGAUCCUCUCAUAAUACGGCAUUAAAAGAUGUUGCAGAUUCAAAGUUUUACGUGCAUUUAUGGACUGAAUAGAAAAACGGGGUCAUUGUUGGACUAUUUUGCCUGUGUACUCUUACUAUUCUUCUCUAACAAUACAUAUAAAAAAUUUAUUCACAAUUCACCUUCCUUCCACUCAUGAGAAGAUAAGAAUACCAAUCAGAUAGAUAAAUCUCACAAACACAGUCUCAUGCAGUGAUGGUCUGAUUCCUUAUUGAUUUAUGACGGCCUGGGGCUGUCAAUUCAAAUUUAAAGUUGCUUCACUCACACAUUCAUGUAAACAGCAUAAUGAGCUGUAUUUGAACCAGGUUAUGACCCGACAAGUUGUAACCGCAUUUCAAUUUUAAUCAAAAUCUUUGAACUUUGAAAUCAUAAAUGCACUUUUAAUAUUUAAAGCCAAGGUUGACGAAGCUUUGAAUCACAAACGCCUGAUAUCUGUGUGUUAUCUGCUUUAAUACCACAAGAUGUGGAAUUACCCAAGGUUAAAUGCUCAAAUAUUAAAAAGCUCUGUUAACUUCAUGCGCCAAAGGCACAAAUAUAAAUCCUAACACACUUUUUCUACAACCAACAGAUUGAAGCAAGAAAGCGCCUUGCCAAGACAGUGCUGGUGUUUGUUGGUCUCUUUGCACUGUGCUGGCUCCCCAGUCAUGUCAUCUACUUAUACCGCUCCUAUCACUACUCCCAGGUAAACAAAACACACUGAUUUUUAAUCUAUUUAUUUUGUUGUGUUCAUGUCAGAAAUGAGGCUCUUACUAUAGAAAACAUGAGAAAAAUGUCAUCAAACUCUGGAGGUCAUACAAGGAUGAGGUCAUGAUUAAUCAGGUGUUGAUCUGCAGUGUCUGAUAAAACAAAUGACACAGCUUUAGGCAAAAAGGGGUCAUAAUUGCUCUCUGGAACAUAUUGCGUAAUUCUGGGUGAGUGCAUGUAAUUGAGGGCUAAUGGAGACCAAGACAAAGCACGGGGUAGAAAUCUUCAAUCUGUGUGUGUCUGCUUAGAGUGCAUUUGAAUGAUGUUUUUUACUUUUUACUUCUCUAAUUAUGCAUAUUCUCAACCCUGCGCUGUCUUCCAGGUGGACACGUCAUUGGUUCAUUUUGUGUGCAGCGUUGUUGCUCGAAUCCUGGCUUUCACCAACUCCUGCCUCAACCCCUUCGCCCUGUACCUGCUGAGCAAAAGUUUCCAGAAACAGUUCAACCAGCAGCUCUGCUGCUGCUGUCGCAAGGUCUUCGAACGCAAUUCACAGAGUCCGAGUCAUUAUAACACCCGCAUGACUUCUGUCCGCAGCACUAAUAACUCCAUGGCGAGUGUGAGCAUGGUGAAUGGCAAACGGUGUUAUCAGGAGGAUUAUGUGUAAAGGAAGUGAGUGUGUGUGAGAGUGAGAAAAAUAACAUGAAUUGUCCAUGCGUCUUUGCUUUUCACACGUUUCUUCAGUUAUGGACAUAAUCAGUCUGACAAAGGAUGAAGGCUAAAAUUAGGACUCUUAAUGAAGAAGCAGGGGCUCUAAUGAUGCCAAAACCAAUCUCUGAUCUGACCAUUUACAAGCCUCCACUGAUAACAGAGAUGGCACGAAAAAAACGGCAGACUAUUCAUUGAGUUACUCAUGCCUCUAACCCAGAUGGUAUAAGAGGUGGAUGUGGCCGACAGUACCUGUUUUUUUUUUCCUCUCUCACAUUAACUAAGAGCUGCAAUCACGUGGAGACUAACCACAGGCUAGUAAAAUCAUAAUGGCUGCUAUUAGCAGUUAUUGUUAAACAAACCAAGGAGCUCCUAAUUGAAGUUAGAAGCAGUCACGUUUCCUUUUUCACAAUACAAAAUUAUUGUUCAGCAGGUCGACUAAUUCAGUUAAAUAUGAAACCAUGAAAACACUUGUUCAUUAGCACCAAACUCACAUGAAUGUAAAUGAGUUUUUUUUUACAUGUUGACUGUCAGGUAUAUAAAUAUUUGUGUCUUUAUUAACAGCAACACUGCCAAUCAGUAUCAUAUGAAUCAAACCUACAGUGAACAGAGGGUGUGUGACAGACAGUGGAUGGACAGUGUCAGACGUCAGGGACAUUCGCUUAAAAGAGGUGUAGUGAUAAGCAUGGGCUGAUCAGGGGAACCUGGUACGCAAAAGUGCAGAGCCCCCAGUAUUGUUCAUUAAAACAGAACCAAGAUGUCAAGUAAAGAGAUUUUCAAGUGUGAUGCUCGUAAAUAAGGGGUUAAAAAAAUCAAUGUUGUUUUUUUUGUCACAAUGGGGGAAAUUAGACAUGACUGACCAAAGGGUUGUAUUUUUUCACUUUUCAAUUUAUUUUUUAAUUAAUCUGCUGUAAAUAGAGUGUCUCUACAGGACUCACUCAGACCCAAAUAGUUAACCAAUCACAGGUACCAAGAGAGAUAAAAAGACACAUUUUAAAAAGUUAGUCAACAAAAGGACAAAAAAUUGUGAGUCAAUGACGCUUUGAGCUUUACAGAGUGAUUUCAGUGCUGCUAAAAAAAAUAAAAAGACAAAUUUAUAGUUUUUAUCAUGAAUAAGUUGAUGUGGUUUUGCUAUAAUGUUGCAAAAAAUAUCUACUCUAAGUCCAACCAGCUAGCUGUAAAGUGUCAUAUCUAUUUAGAUUUGUGCAGAUUCUUCUGUCUGUAAAUGUGUACUGUCCCAUCUGGACCCGCUGUCUGUAUGUGUAUAAUAUUUAUAUGUGAUUCCAUGAGCUUUGAAUUUUGAGUGUUGCUUCGAAGAUGUAUUUUAAACGUUGGUCAUCCUCUGAUUACAGAAUGUCCACUGAGCCGUGG